CUGCUGAGCUUGAUUAACAAGCAGAUCGCAAGUUAAGAAUUACAAUCAAAAGUGGUGAACGCACAUACAAACAUAUAUAGGGCGUCUGGCAUUUUCCAACAAUGCAAAUCAUUUUUCAUGAAAACUGCGCGUACGUGUGUAAAUCGAAUUUUUGAAUGAAGUGACAUUGAUGUGAUUUUGCGCAACGGUAAAACAUACAUAAAUCGCAUCCGCUGCUGUCAAGUAAUGUGUAACUAAGUAAACUCACUUACUUAGACGAACGAGCACACUUUACAGCACUUCUGCAAAUACGCUUAUGAGCGAAGGUAGAGUAGAAAAAAAAACAGUGCGUCAAUAAAGUGUUAAAUCGUUUAAGUACUGUUUAUAUUGGCGUGGCACGUGCUUUCCCUGCUUUACAUACUGCCUCACACCGUGGCCCGCAGCACUUGAAUGUGUGAUGUUGCCGACGACAGCAUUUCGCCGCCGCAAUGGCUACGAGGAUCUGGACAAGUGCAAUCAAUCAUUAGAGGAAUAUCUGCCGAACGUCCUUGUACGCGCCGAGGGUCAAACAACACGGGCAGCGGCGCCAACGCAGUUUGGUCAACAAAAGCAGCAGACCACUCGUAUUUUCUCAAUCUCAGAUACGGCAUUAAAUGUAACGCCACCGAAAAAUUCCAACACGCCGGCAGCACCUUUAAGCAGCCUGUCCCAACAGCAAUCAACGUCGCACGCUUCACAUAAUCAAUCUACGCUCAGUCUCAAUAAUGGCAUUAGCCUCGGCUCCAUCGUGUUGUUGCCUGGUCCCUCAUGUACGCCAAGUUAUGCCAACCUGAACCACGAGUCCUAUGCUACUAUGUGUGGCAGUGGUGUCGCCAAAAAGUGCGGCAACUCCUAUAUGCGCAAGGAAAAUUUGCGUUUAUUUUGCUUCGCACUCUUUUAUUGUGUGUACUUAGCAAUCGGUAGUGUUUGCUUUCAAAUUGCCGAAACGCCGAUGGAGGAGUCAUUGCGUAGCGCUGUGUGGCAACAACGCACCGAAUUCCUGCUGAAGUAUCCACAAAUAUUGGAUGAAGACCUCGAAGAGUUCCUCGAAGCCGUGAUAACAGCCAACGAUCGAGGCAUAUCACCGUUACGCAAUGCAACAAAUGAAAUGAACUGGAGCUUUGGUCAGGCAUUCUUCUUCUCAAGCACCGUGAUAACAACAAUCGGAUAUGGUCAUGUAACGCCACUUAGCCAAACGGGGAAAAUAUUUUGCAUAAUUUAUGCGGCCAUUGGUAUACCACUCACGUUGGUGCUAUUGAGUGCGAUGGUGGAGCGGCUGUUGGUGCCGGCAAGCUGGUUGUUGGGCACUUUGAAUUCGAAAUUGGGUCAUCUCUAUCAGCCCUUCAACAUACGACUACUGCAUCUAAGCAUUGUGGCUACGCUUGUUAUCGUCUUAUUCUUUGCUAUACCAACCGCAGUUUUUGCUUUCAUUGAACCCGCCUGGGGUGCUUUGGACGCUUUCUACUAUUGUUUCAUCUCAUUGACAACUAUUGGCUUAGGUGAUUAUAUACCUGGCGAAGGUGUGACCAUUGGCAAUCGUUCCAUGUACAAAAUAUUUAUAAGCGGUUAUUUGAUUUGUGGUCUCAUUGCAAUGAUGUUUGUGCUGACGAUCUUCUAUGAUAUACCACAACUCAAUCUGGGUCAACUGUUCACUGAAAGCACAAAUGGUGAAACGGAAAAGUUGCGCCUAUCCGGUAACAAUACAACCUGCUAUUCAGGCCCAUCCGGUCUGUAUAUGCCACAGCGUGAUGAGGAUACUAGGCGUGCCGUAGUUCGCAUACGUCCACACGGCGACGAUUCACCCAGUCCCGAUGAAGCACCAUCUUCGCUCAAUAGCGACAUAAGAGUGCCAUAAGCAGGCCCGCGACUAGGAGCAGCAUUUGCCGGAUGAAUUGAAGGUGAAGAUGGCGUUGUUGGAGGAACUACUGCUUACAUGUACGUAUAUAUCGUUGGCAAAACACUUGGCAUAUCCUCGAAACAACAUAAAAUAAUAAAAACCGUACUCGUAUCAUGCACUCAAGUAACCACUUUACAAAAGUACAUACAUAUGUAUGCAGUUUUAAGGUAAAUAAGGGAGCACAUGCCCGUUACCAAGCAUAUGCCAGCGGGCCGGUUACAAACACUCUAUGUACCAAUUGCCACUUUAAUUAAUUUUUUUUUUUUUUUUUAACAAAUGAAGCAUAAGCAAAGACAAAUCUUUUGAAUGUACAAAACGAACAGCAUACAAUACAAAAAAUACCUAUUUAAACUGCUCUACUCAAAAACUAUACUAUUUUAAGCAUUAAGUAAAAAAAACAUAGAAAAACUAUCAACUUCUUGGCAAAUGUCAUGAAACAUUGUAAAAAUACUGUAAAGCUAUCAAAAAAAAAAAAAAAGCAAAGUGUUGAGUGUUGCAUUAUUAGGCGGUAAUGUAAGGUGCAAUUAGUUGCAGGUCUACUUAUUUCUAACGGUAGUUUGUAGUUGUGCAAAAUUAUAAACAUACAUGUGUAUAAUAUUAAUUCAGCAUAAGUAUGUGCACUCUAGCAUACUGCGAGAGCGAGCUCAAAUGCCGAUCCUAUACAUGUAUACACAAUGGCUCUAUCGCAUAAUUGGACGGGAAUUUUUCUAACAUUAGAGGGCUUCAAAUAUAAAAAUAAUAAUGUGUAGUAUUUCGCUUUUAUUUACAAAAACACGAAAACAAUUAAAUUUUUUGUGCUCAACGAAUAAUCAGACAAGAGAAAAUAGCGCCACUAAAUACAUACAUAUAUAAAACAAAGGAGCUUAGUUGCAUAUCCCUUAUUAUCCAGAAAAGCUUGUAAUCACGUUGAAACAGAUUUGACCAAAUUUUGAUGUAGCGCUGACUCAAAGGAAUUCCAAACUAGCUAAUUCCUCCAACAAAUGUUCCAUUAAAUUGAGGUCAGGGUUCUGCGCUGGUGUUUGUAUUAUUUUGGGGUAGUUGUGUAUCAACCAAAGCCUUGCACCACUCGAUUUGUGCUUGCGGUCGUUGUCUUAGUUUUUUUUUUUUUUUUAAUUGACGUAGACAACUCUUACGCCUUUAUAGCGGACUUAACAUCAGCGCGCCAGUCGUUUCUUCUUUUCGCUGUUUGUCGAUUGUCUUAGUAGAGAAAGCAACAUUUUUCAUGCUACCCAAAUUCUCCGUACACAACUGCACUGGAAGUACAUGAUUCCAAAAGGCUUCGGAGUUUAAUAAAUACUCUUUUGCAUUUCGCAGCUUUUUGGUAUUAUUUGAAAAGCUAUUGAAAGUUUUUUUCUGGCAAUUCUACCAUAGUGGUCGUAUUUGUACGUAUUACGAACAAUAUUUAGGCAAAAAUCUUUUUUAUUUCGAAUAUUGAAAUAAUAUUUCAGUUAUUUUGCCGUUUUGAAAGGGUCUUUUGUGACUCUCUUUAGAAAGGACCCUCUUCUCGUACAGAUAAUGUCUUACAGUGACCUUCUCUGCUUCUUUGGCAAAUCUGAGCUCGUCGUAGAACCUCUUGAUCAUCAUGCACUGUGAAUAUACUUCUUCCUAUCAAUUCAGCGAUUUCACGCAUGGUUUUAUCUUCGCCAUUAAAUUUUAUUUUUGUUGCCUUACAAGAAAGUUUGCUUUCCUUUUAGAGCCAUUUUAAAAACAGCAGAAAAUUGAGUUAUUUAUGUUUUUCUAAGCAAAUUAAAUUAUCAUAAGGGAUAUUUGUUGUUUGAUAGAAUUAUGAAGUGUAAAUAAAAGCGAAAACAACACAUUCUUCUCUUUUGUUUUUAUGUUUGGAGAAUAUUAAUAUUAGACUCCAGUCUGAUUAUGCAAGGGAGCCACAGUACGUACAUGCAGUGGGACGUGAAAGUCUGCAAAUGACAAAUUUUUAUAUUUUAUCUUUUUAGUUGGUCAUUAUAGUUUUCGUUUAUAUUUUAUUUUAUUUAAGUCGAUAAUAUUUUUAUGGUAAUAUAGUAAUCCAAACUAUCAAAUAAGUGCUCAUAUUGAAAUAAUACAAAGAACAUGCAUGUUUAUAUAAGGUCUAGUAAACAUUAAUGCUUAAAAUUAAAGGAUGUAUUUGGCAUAGUUAGAAAGAUCCGAUCAAUUAAAACCCGCUUUGGAAAGAACUUUCAUAAUGCGACUCUCAUAGCAACCAUCGUCCCAAAGACAAAAAACUGGGACAGUCGAUUUUCACCAUCAAAUCCAUUCGUUCGUUUUCAGCCACUGUAUAUUUUAAUGACUAUUUAAACUUUGAUUUAGAAAAGACAUAGCUUCAAAAUGCUUCUGAUUUUCAAAUAAUAAAUAUUAAAAACACUUCAUUUAUAUUAAUUUUUUUCAUUUUAUCCACACCAAAAAGCGUGUAUUGUGUGGCACUAAUUGUAAAAUUGGAAAAUUAUUACAAAUCUACAGAAUUUAUAAAAACUAGAAACAAAAUGGCUAAAGUUUUUUAUUAAAACCCAUUCCCAUUCGAAAUGCCGCUAAAAGAUUGACUUUACGUAAUAUGAGCGCUGUUUCAACCAGAGAAUUUCAUAUUGACAUUUGAUUAUUUUUGUAUGAGUCCUUUUAUGAAAUUUUGUUAAAACUUUAGUAAUGUUUUAAUUAAGGAACUAAAAGAACUUUGUAUGUAUUUAUGAUGUUUUCAUUGUAAUAUAGUUAUUGAAAAGCGUACAUAUACUUCUGCGUUAUCAUACAUAGACGUACAUGAAUAUAUAUGAAACACACAUUUUUUAUAUUUAAUUAGGGAUUAUUUAUAUAGUAUAAUAUACCAUAUGUAUAUUAGAAUGAAUGGCCCGCAGAUAAUGGACAAUGCUUUAUUCGAGACAUAUUUAAGGAAUAUUCUAUGACGACAACAACAAUAAACACAAUAUCAAUUUAAUAAAUAUUCGUAUGUAGUUUACUUUAUAAGAAUAAAUAAAACGAAGUGAAAUGUAAUAAUAAAAGUAUAUAAUGAUCAUAAAUGAUAUGAAGAGAAUACUUCGGGCCUUCCCAUUAAACAAAAUGAUAGUGAAUUGUAUUUGUUCCGUUCCAAAAAAUGUUAAAACGUACCAUAAAUGAAACCUAAAAUGCGGAUGGGUCAAUAAUUUUAAAUAAUAAACUAUAUUUUAUAAAUAAUAUAUGACACACAAAGCUAAAAAAGACCAAAUAAAAUGUGUGAAGUAAGCAUACUAUUGAAUGAAUUUAUAUUCAAAAUGUUUGUUACAUUCAACGAUUAUUGGAAGGGCCCAUAGUAUUUCAUAAACAUAUGUAUGUUUGCUGAACCUUUUAUGUACCUACAAUAUAAAUUCUAUUAUACAAGUAAUUUACAAGUAUACAUAAGUAAGCACAUUUUAGUAACCAUACACUUUUUCGCAGUAUAAAAUAAAAAAAAAAAUUAUUCAGUAAUGUCUGAGCACGAUCAUCUAUAUAUUAUUCAUACAUUUCUAAGUUCACAAAAAAUAAACAAAUAAAGAAAUCACUAUCAGAGCAGUAGUCAGUUGUAUAAACCCAAUUUUAGUUUAUACGUAUAGAAAAUAUAUGUUUAAUUAUUAUAUAAGCAUAUGUUACAAAAGCUGAAAUAUUUGUAAAUUGCUGCAAGCACUUACAUUCGCUAAAAGAGUUACAAAUUCACACAUAUAAUAUAUAACCAACAUAUUGUAAGUAAGUACAUUAGAGCGCAUCUAUAAGAUUUGAAAAGUGUUGCAAUAGAUAAAAUUGUUACAAAAGUAUAACUUGUCUAAAGUAUGUAAUCAUUUGACCAAAUAAAAUUAAUCAUGUGUAGUGUGAA